AUGGCGCCCGCGGCCCUCCACCUUCUCCUCGCCAUCCUCUGCCUCGGCUCGCGUCACGCUAGGGUGGCAGCGGCGGGGCAACCUCCUUUCGUAAAAAAUCCUUCCAACAACCAACCAAUGCAAGAUGAGUCCAAAUUGUUUCUACAUGCAAUAUUUUCCAACAGGCCACCCAAGUACUAUAACAAUGUAUUUUUCUCACAAAUUGCUCAUAAAUCAAUACACUUAGCACAAAGCAUGAAAAGUAAUGUGGGACAAGCAAAGGGAUCUUCAAAGAUAAUGAGAAAUUCAAUAGAGAAACUGAUACUGAGGGUGUCAAUGUACAAAUGCAAUGCAUUUGGAAUUAUAAGUUCAUCAAGGAAGCGAACAGGGCAGCAAUGGUGUAGUACCUUGCCAAGCCAAAAGUAUGUCAAAAAGCUGAUUCAGUCGAGACAGGCUGAGGCGGUUCCACGUGGAGCAGCUGACUUACCUGAAAACCAAGUUGGCUAA